AUGAGGAUUGCCGUCGGAGAUUUCUUUCAACGAUGCCGACGCAUACCGAGUGGAAUCUUCGACAAUCUACACAAGGAAAUUGAGUUCACGGGGCAGAGCCCCCUAGAAUUGCUAGAUCGACAUUGGAACUGGGGAAAUGUCAUGAGCUUGAUGGAAAACACUAUUGUAUGGAUAGGAGCUGGGGCUUUUCUCGCCCGGACGACCCCCGACUUCGCUCCCCAGAACGUGCCACCUAGAGGACAAAAUUGGCAUAUGCUCGUGUCAACCUUUGCUGAUGAUACAGAAGACGUGUUUCGGGCAACUGUGCUUAUUUACGGAACCACGAGAGAGCAAGCGGUUGAUGCCUUCCGGUUUGUGUUUGAGCUCUUGAUCUUUGAUAGUCAAUUGACAAGAGUCCACUUUCAAACUAAUGGUGCCGUCCCUUUCCGCUUUCCUGUCACACCAUUUCAGAUCCAGUCGCUUCUGAUCAACCACCGCUCGUUUGAAAGAAUUGCGCUCUGGAACGUCGAUUUGGACGUUGAGCAGUGUCAGAAAAUUGGCACUUUUGUCGAUCAGAAAACUCUUAUAUACUUGAGCGGAUGCAGCUAUACCGAAUCAGCUUUUGCGGCUUUAUUUUCUUGUGAUGGGACCUCUGGCCUUCGCAAGCUGAAGCUCAUGGAAACUGUAAGCUCUUCCACCGUGGCAGCCAUUUUUUGUAAAAAGUGCCGUCUGCGCGAAUUAGCGUUGGUGAACAACCAUCUCGACAAAAAUUGCAAACAACAAAUAACGGAGGGAAUAAGAAACAACAAGACGCUGGUCCGAUUCGACUUGCAACAGAACGAAAUGACCGACUUUGAAUGGAUCUCCCUAUUCCAGGCAGUCCGAGACCAUCCUACUCUGGAAAGCUUAGACGUGUCCAGGAAACGCGUAUGCGGGCUGUUGUUGACACGCUAA